UUGAAAUAUUUCCCGCAACAGACUAGUUUUCUAGUAUGGUAAUGUUGCUAGCGAUUCGAUGCUGGUGAUAAUAGGCGAAAAGCUGUGCCAGCAGCUAACGUAAACGACUGAAAUAUUUAAUUUUGCAGGAAGUCAUUUUGCAUAACAUUUAUCUGUAACACGAAUAUUUCAAAUAGCAAUACCUAGCCAUUUCAGAACAUUACCUAGCUAGUUAGCGAACGAUACCAGUUAAGAAAACAUUUUGGUGAAGAGGAGGAAGAUUUUAGGAGGUGAGUGAGCCCACCAAGGAGGAGAAGGCAGUGGCCAAGUACCUCCGCUUCAACUGCCCCACCAAGUCCACCAACAUGAUGGGCCACCGGGUGGACUACUUCAUUGCAUCCAAGGCGGUGGACUGUCUGCUGGACUCCAAGUGGGCAAAGGCCAAGAAGGGAGAGGAGGCCGUGUUCACCACCAGAGACUCUGUGGUGGACUACUGCAACAAGCUGCUGAAGAAGCAAUUCUUCCACCGCGCUCUGAAAGUCAUGAAGAAGAAGCCAGAGAAGGACAUCAAGAAAGACAAGGAGAAAGAAAAAGAGAAGAAGAAGGAUUCCAAGGAUGUAGAGGCUUCAGAUGUAAAGAAGGAGAAAGAGAAGAAGAAGGAUUCCAAGGAUGCAGAGGCUUCAGAUGUAAAGAAGGAGAAGGAGAAGGAGAAAGAGAAGAAGAAGGAUUCCAAGGAUGCAGAGGCUUCAGAUGUAAAGAAGGAGAAGGAGAAAGAGAAGAAGAAGGAUUCCAAGGAUGCAGAGGUGUCAGAUGUAAAGAAGGAGAAGAGUGACGAUAGCCCCGGAACGACAAAGAAGAAAAAAGACGUGAAGAAGAAAUUCAAACUGGAGCCUCAUGAGGAUCAGCUCUUCUUGGAUGGCAAUGAGGUAUUUGUUUGGAUCUACGACCCAGUCCAUUUUAAAACCUUUGCCAUGGGACUGAUUCUGGUAAUUGCAGUGAUCGCGGCCACUCUCUUCCCGCUGUGGCCGGCUGAGAUGCGUGUGGGUGUGUACUACCUGAGCGUGGCAGCAGGCUGUUUCGUGGCCAGUAUACUGCUGUUGGCUGUCGCUCGCUGCAUCCUGUUCGUGAUCAUCUGGCUGGUGACGGGCGGACGCCACCACUUCUGGUUCCUGCCCAACCUCACGGCUGACGUGGGCUUCAUCGACUCUUUCCGCCCCCUCUACACGCACGAGUACAAGGGCCCGCGGGACUCCAGCAAGAAGAACCAGGACAAGACUGAGGGCAAGACCAGCGAUGAGAAGGAGGGUGACGGUGAGGAGGAAGAGGAGGAAGGUGAAGGAGACGAGGGCGAGGGCACAGCGCCACAGGGGACGGAAGAAGGCGAGGUGGCGAAGGGGACGGGGACCUUAGCGAGUACCGCUGAGCGCUCUGACACAGACAGCGACCGGCGUGAGGACGAGGGCUCGCAGCACAGCAAUGGAAAUGACUUUGAGAUGAUCACCCGCGAGGAGCUGGAGCAGCACACGGAGGAGGAGGAGGAGGAGGAAGAAGGAGAGGGGGAUGAAGGAGAGCAGGAAGGAGACGGUGAGAGAAAGCCCUUGCCUGUUCAAACAUAAACAUUUUAUCACUGCCACCUCCUUCUCCUCCACCCUCGUGCUCCUCCAAGGACAACCUCCCACCUCCUCCAGGUCUUGUCAACCUCGCUGAGGAGACCACUCCAUCCAUUGCUCCGAUCUUCCACCAACUAUACAGAUGCCACGUCUGAGUAUCGACACCGGUGUCAAAUGGCUAUAACAUCGGAAAAGAGAAGCCUUAUUGUGCUUCUAAAAUCCCCAGCUUAUUUAAACUAAGAAAUGCAAACUAACUUAACAGAUGUUUGUCUGAGGAAGUUGUCACGUUAGUUCUCUCGACGUUUUCCCUAUUUUUCGGUACUUACGUUACGACUGUUAUCCCAUAUCAUUCUAGUUAACUCAUCCACUCUGUUUACUAUUGCUACAAUGCUUCCCUUGUAUGUCUCGUUUUUGCUGUGAGGCCAAGUCUCUUGUCAAUUUCCACAGACGAGGGAAUUAAAGAGCUAUGGAAUCGUUGUUUUUACUAGGGGAAAUACUGCCGUCUUGUCUACCUACCCCUCAAAUCCAGACUGUUGUCUUAUGAACAACGUGUGAUAUUGUCACCCAACUGGGGUCAAGGUCCUGUACUAGCAGUGGCAUUUGGCCCUCUGUACACAGUUCAACUCUUGUUUUUUAUGAGUCUGAUCUCUCCUAGGCAGCCAUCGGACGCUACGAUUGACCAACCGUUGGCUACGCCACUAUAACUAAUGUGGAUGCACCAAAAUCCAUAGUUUAACCCACCCCAAGAAAGACCUCACUUAUUGGUGGUAUUGGCGAAAUAUGUCUGGUGAGAGAACAAAAUAAGAAAAAAUGGCGGCGGCAGAUGAACAGCAUUAACAAUAAACAGCCUUGUGGUUCUUUGCGGUACUUAUUUUCAAUGAGAAAUGUUUGGUUGAUAAUGAUCGGUUCUGCACACACACACACACACAAAACCAGAGCUCAUAAGAGUCAUGUCGGACAACAAAAAUAAAACAGGUCAUGUGAGGUGCCGCUUUCUAGAAGAAAUGUAUUGUGGCCACGCACAUGCAGACAGCAAAGGUGGAAUGGAAAACCUGUUUUUAAAGUUUUGUAUUCACCAUUUAGAAUCGGACAUCAAAAUUAAAGUGCCAAACACGUUAAUUGUUGUUACAAUGCAUGCUGUUUUCAUACGGGAAAACAUGUCAAAAGUGUCAACAAGGGAUUUUGGUACAUUUAUUCAUUUUUGUAACAAUUGUGUCAAAUUCCAAACCUUAGAAACGCAGCGCAGUAUAGGAGCUAAGACAUUUGUGUGUAGACAUCAAUCCCCUUCUCCCUUCAGUUCUAUCUAAGCCAUGCAAAGCAGGCAAUAUGUCCUUAAGCUUACUAUACUCAUUGUACGAUCGCUUGUAAUAGUAUUGUCAGUUCAACUCGGAUGCCCAUACUUUCAUGAUAGCUUUUGUUGUGUUGACUUCAUUGGUAUUCUAGUCAUGCUAACUGACAACGAUGGAGACCCAUGUGAAUGCAUGGGGACUCCGUUGGAAACCAAUGUGGUCGAGGUCCAAUUCUCUGUAGUGUUGCAUUAUGGGGGCUGUGGUCCAAUACUGUCUGUUCGUAAGGUUGCAUUCUUUUUGGCUAGAGUUGUUUUAGAUGCUAGUGAGGACGAUAUUUAAAAAUAAAUAAAUAAAGAUGUCAUUUAUAUAAGGAAUUCUAUAUCAAAUAUAUUUUUAAUUGAUAAAUUAUGAGCCCACUUUGUUCAACUUGAACAGAAUCCUAUUUUUUGGGGUAUCAAAACUUUUUAUUUUCAGUGAAAUGUUUAUUUUGCUCAGUUAUACUUUUUUUUACUAUCAUUUUGACCACCAAUAGGCAUAUUGUCAAGAGUGUAUUGUACUCUCAUUAUUGGGGACUCUCACCAGAAAUUUAGAAUAUUUAAUGUGUGGAUAUAUGAUCAGAUGGACUACCUAUUUUUGAUCUAGUUGAUAUUGAUCGAUUUUGUCAUUUAUUUUGUGUAGAGGAAUGUAUAUAGAAAAACUAGCUAUGUGGCUACUUACAGCAAGUCCCACAAACAUGAUUGUUUCUUACCAUAAGAAUAGUGAAUGAUUAACUUGUGGUUGAGAAACCCGUUGGCAGUGGAUUGCAUAAUAUUUUAUAUUGCUGUUCCACAAUGUUCUGGGAAGAAAGUUCACCCCACUGUGGAAUGGUAGAGCGGAGCUUGUGAGAGCAAGGGAAAAAAAGGUACAUUGAUGAUUCGGAUAUCCCAGACUCUACACAGAUGGACUCAAUGUCUAGACUGAGGAGUAUCUUCCAGACACUCAUACCCUUUUCACAGAAUCUUGUCGACCCGAACGGUAGUGCUGGCCGGUUCCUGGAACUAUGCUGGAUGCGUAACGAGGCUGGCGCAGUGCAGCUCGGUGAACGGGUCAGUAGUGUGAAAAGGGUACACUGUCUUGCUUUCCCGUUCUCAGAGCUUGUUGACCGCGGUAGAUGUCCAGCUUGUUUUUUCAUUGUCGUGUUUCCCUGAACUUUAUUCAACUGCGUGUGGCUCUUGUACAAUAGAAAUGUACUACUUACAACUGCACCCAGUGUAGUUGGUCUCUUUAUUUUUUUGUGUUCAUUUUCAAUGCUUUUCUGUUUCCUGAUGUCUUCUGGAGAGCAAGAGUGCGUUCGUAAAUUCAAUCUGCAGUUCCAGAGUGCCCUCUGGGCAUUCAUAAAUUGAGCGUUGUCAGAUUGUCCAUUGGUAAAUUCAGAGCAUUUUGCUCUCGGCGCAUUGAGAGCACUCUGACCGAGGAGUACGGUUGAGCCGAGCGUUCUGACCUCACAACAGCAGUCAAGCACCCAAGCUAACUGGCUAACAUUGGCAAGUUUGUUUGCUACUUCCAGACACAAACCCCACUGAAAAUGUCUCGCCCUAGCAGAGCUGAUUUAAACUGUUUUCGAGUUAUUCAGGGUGUUGGUGACUAACUGUGCUGCUGGCAACAAUUGUAUUACACUUUUUGCCGAUGUUUACUGACACCGGCCAUAUUCAACAGGUGUUGAGCGUUCGUAAAUUCGUCUGUUAUUCUGCGCUCUGGCACAUUGAGCCAGAGUGAAUUUACGAACGCGCCCCAAGUUGCCAGUAGCUGUAUUAUUAUGAACUAUUUCAUGAAAAUCUCAUUGUUCUUGAGUCGUCUUCUUGCACAGUACCAGUCUGUUGUAUAUUGUAGUAUUAAUCUAUACUGCUUUAUUCCAUUACAUUUCUGGAAGAAAAAAAUGUCAUGUUUUAUCUGUUGAAAUUGUCAUUAGUCACUUAGUUGUUCAUAUUUGGAUCAAUAUCAUUGAGGACUGUCUCUUGCAAUAUUUCAAUAUAAUGUCAUUAAUUGAAUGUCUGGAAGUAUAUCUAUCUUAUUGCAAUAAAAAUAUAGAAAGCA